AUGCCAAUUUCAACAAAUAAUCAAACUGAUGAAUUUGAACAACUUCAAAAUCAACUUCAGAAAGAAGUUACCGAAAUUGAAAAUUGGUGGUCAGAACCACGUUGGAAUCAAACCCGUAGAAAUUAUUCUGCAAAAGAUAUUGCUUUAAGACGUGGUACUUUUGAACCUGUUACUUAUCCAUCUUCAAUUAUGGCUGAUAAAUUAUUUAAAGUGUUAGACAAACAUAAUAAUGAUGGUACUGCUUCAAGAACUUUUGGUGCAAUGGAUCCUGUUCAAAUUACUCAAAUGGCCAAAUAUUUAGAUACUAUCUAUAUUUCUGGUUGGCAAUGUUCUUCAACUGCAUCUACUUCAAAUGAGCCAGGUCCAGAUUUAGCAGAUUAUCCAAUGGAUACUGUUCCAAAUAAAGUUGAUCAUUUAUUUAAAGCUCAACAAUUUCAUGAUAGAAAACAAUUUGAAGUUAGAGGUAAUGCUACUUCACAAUCUCAAUUAAAUGAAAUGGGUCCAGCUAUUGACUAUUUAACACCCAUUGUUGCAGAUGCAGAUGCAGGUCAUGGUGGGUUAACUGCUGUAUACAAAUUAACUAAAAUGUUUAUUGAACGUGGUGCAGCAGGUAUUCACAUGGAAGAUCAAACUUCAACAAAUAAAAAAUGUGGUCAUAUGGCCGGUCGUUGUGUUAUCCCAGUUCAGGAACAUAUCAAUAGAUUAGUUACUAUUAGAAUGUGUGCUGACGUAAUGAAUUCUAAUUUAAUUAUUGUUGCUCGUUCUGAUUCUGAAGCUGCUACUUUAAUUAGUUCAACUAUUGAUGUUAGAGAUCAUUAUUUUAUUGUUGGUGCAACUAAUCCAGAUUUAGAAUAUUCACUUUCUGAAACUUUAGAAUUAGCUAUUAGUCAAGGUACAGAUGGUAAUAAACUUUCUCAAAUUGAAAAAGAAUGGAGUGAAAAAGCUGGAUUAAAAUUAUUUCAUGAAGCAUUUGCUGAUGCUGUAACAAAUGAUAGUAAAAUUACUAAUAAACAAGCAAUAAUUGAACAAUUUAAUUCAAAAAUUGGUCCUUUAACUGAAACAUCAAAUCGUGAAGCUCGUCAAUUAGCUAAAGAAUUAUUAGGGUAUGAAUUAUAUUUUAACUGGGAAUUACCAAGAGUUCGUGAAGGUUUAUAUCGUUACAGAGGUGGUACACAAUGUGCUGUAAUGAGAGCUCGUGCUUUUGCACCAUAUGCUGAUUUAGUCUGGAUGGAAUCCAAUUAUCCAGAUUAUGAACAAGCUGUUGAAUUUGCUGAAGGUGUUAGAGAAAAAUUUCCAAAUAAAUGGUUAGCUUACAAUCUAUCCCCAUCAUUUAAUUGGCAAAAGGCAAUGUCAGUUGAUGAACAAUUUACAUUUAUUGAUAGAUUAGGUAAAUUAGGUUAUGUUUGGCAAUUUAUUACAUUAGCUGGUAUUCAUACAACAGCAUUGUCAAUUAAUGCAUUUGCAAGAGAUUUUAAACAAGAUGGUAUGAAAGCAUAUGCACAAAAUAUUCAACAAAGAGAAAUGGAUGAAGGUGUUGAUGUUUUAAAACAUCAAAAAUGGUCCGGUGCAGAAUAUAUUGAUGGUAUUUUAAAACUUGCCCAAGGUGGUGUUAGUGCAACAGCUGCAAUGGGUGAAGGUGUCACAGAAGAUCAAUUUAAAGAAAAGAGUAAAUUAUAA